AUGCUUGUAAUGAUGCUGACAGUAUCGGGGAUGGCGCUAACUGGCUCGCUGCUCCUACUUCCCAUGCGGCUGCCCCGGAUCGGCUUGCCCGAAGGUCUCAUGGGGCCGAGGAAGCUAGUAAUGCGCCGCCAUAGCCACGAGCGGUUCGGAGAAGAAAAGGGCGUGUUGGACGCUAUGAGGGGCGACGACGAGGAGAAGGUUUCGAGUAAUGAGUCGAUUAAUCAGCUAGUGCACGCACAUGGCGGGGAGUCGAUACGGAAAGGGGAGGUGAUGGCUGGUGUUCAGGAGAACUUGCGCGAGAACAAGCCGUCGUUGACUUCUCUGACUGCUGCAUCCACGUCAGCAUCCAUUACACCUGGAUCACUCACUUCGUCCUCCUCGUCCCCCUUCCCAUCCUCUGCCCGCCCGUCCCCAUCUGUCGCCAUCUGUCUCGUGGGCUCCCCACGCGACUUCCACAUAACGGGUCCCUCUAUGAAGCGGCACCUGCUCUCCGCGUAUCCCGCUGCGGCCACGCACGUCAUCGUCAACAGCCCCUUCGAUCACACCUCUGCGCGCCUCCUCGCGCUCGCGCUCGCUUCCCCUGCCCCGCCACCGCUCUCCACCCCACCACCACCGCCCUCCGCCCCUCCGAACGCCUCUCGUGGUGCAACUUUCCCCCUGGAUCCCGCCUUCUCCCGCGUCUCCCUGCUGCGCAUCUCCCCCCACGUCCCCCUCCCCGUGUCCCCCCAGGCCUCGCGCGUGCUCAAUGCGGAGGGCUCCCCCAGUGGCGCGCAGGGCUUGCUGCAGUGCUUCCGUCUGGUAGAGGGCUGUGCUUCCCUUCUCGAAGCUCCUUAUGAAUACACCCCAUGCUCCCCCCCUCCCUGGCCCCUCUUCCCCUGUGCCAUUUCUCCAUGCGCGCCUACCCUCCGCGCCCCACACCCCCACGCCCCUGCCUCCUCCCCUGCUGCUGCUGCAGCCUUCAACACCCUCCCCUCGCCGCCCUCUCUUCACCACGGCUCUGCGUUUCCUUUGUUUCGAAUGGGCAUGGAGCUCUGCCCUGCUGUUGAUACCCUGGGGGAUGAAGGGGACGAUGGGGACUGGGAGAGGGACGGGGAGGGGGGUGGUUGGGAGGGGAAGGGACAGAGCGAGAAGGAAAAAAGUGAGAAGGAGGAACGGAGCGAGGAGGAGGGGUGGCAGGAUGGGGUGGCACGUGUGGCAGGGCAAGCAGCAGUGGAGGAGAGCGAGAGGGUGGAGCAGCAGGUCAGGAACUACACCGCAUGCCUCGCUCUCUUCCGAGCCAUGCAAACACAGCCCCAUGUACUGGCGUGGAUGUCACCUCCCCCAGAUGUCAUCUGUACGAGAGCUCACCUGGGGCCGUCUGUGCCGCUUGCAUCGUCCCCGGGUCUGGCGCCGUUCCCUGUCUUUCUCAGCCGGCUCUCCUAUUCCAGCACCGUGGUGACUCUAACAGCAGACCCCUCGCUCACGGACCUGCUAUCCAUGGAGCUGCGCCUGCUGCUGCCGGGCAUACUUCCGCGCUGCAUGGACUGGCACGGCCGCAUGCUGCUGCCCUUUGGGGGCCUUGGGGCCGAGGCCGAGGCCGAGGGGGAGGGCGAGGGGAAUGGGGAGGGGGAGGGGGAGAAUGACGGAAUUUUGUCCCCAGGGGCCAGCGGUGGUGACAGUGCUGAUGAUGGUGGGGGUGGUGGUGGGGGUGAUGAUGGUGAGGAGGAAGAUGAGCAGGCUGUUGUGAGCGCCAGUCGGCGCAUGGCACAGCACAUCACCGCCCAUGGACCUCUAGAUGUCCUCGUGAUGCCGGAGGUCGACCGCGUGGUGAGGACGGCCAGAGCAUGGAGCAGGGACAAGGCCACUCUACCAGUGUGCCAGCUGGUGGUCUCCGUCCCUCCCCCACUGGAUGAGGCAUCUUCCUAUCAUGCCACUCCUCUCUCUCCUCGCUCUCCACACUCUCCUCACGUUGCCCCCGAUGACCCUCUCCGCCAUUACACUGGUGCCUUCUCCAUGCUCCUCUCGGACCUCUUCCUGCUAGGGUGA